GCUAUUUCGGGCUGCUGUCACGCUUGUCGUCAGAUUCAAGCGCUGCUGGGUGAGUCACACCAACCAGAACUCACCAUUAACUUGAUCGACAUAAACACUCGUUCAAGGAAAGUGCCUUGAAACAGGAUUACUUUUUGAAGUUUCACGGUCUAUUUCGUCAUUGGCAUUUCUGUUUUGGGAUACGUUUUUAAGUUAGCAACUACGCCUGUGAAACGUUUGCGUGCGUUACGACUCUGGAAGAAGAAAUGGGGGAGAAUGAAGUGCAGAUGGAGAGUACAGAGCAAAUGCAGGAGCCCCACACUUCCAGCUCGAACAAAAUCGACUUGUCAUUGGAUGACAUCAUAAAGCUGAAUAAAAAAGAGCAAAAAGCGAACAGAGCUAAAACUAAACGUGUUGCUAACAGGAACAAUGUCCUGAAGAAACUAAAUCGAGGGGCGCAGCAGGACCAAGGGCCUGGCAGGAUGAGUGGUUUGCGGAGACAAAGGGGAUCAAGGAGGGGCAUGGUGUGGAGAGGGGGUGCAAUGACUAGAGCUGAUGCCAGUGCCACGACAGGUGGACAGUUUGAUCAGACCACGUUCACAUCAAGGGGGGCAUUCAGAGGACGAGGGAGAGGUAGAGGAAGACGAGGCGGACUGAGCAGGGGUGCUUUGUCAUCAAGAGGACAGAUUACGCCACAGAGGGGUGGAAGACCGUUUGUAUUAGACAGAGGGUUUUCCGCUUCAAAUUGCACUGAGAAAUUAGAAAAAUAUCAGAAAAUAAAAAGUCGAAGAACAGCACCAUCUGGCUCAACACUGAGAGUUUCCCUGCCAAAUGCUAAAUCUGCACCUGUCGAUGUAAAGAGAUCUAAUCAGACUAGGAGGGGUGGAGGAGUGUUAAGGGGCAGAUCAUCAAGAGGAGCAAGUACUUCUUCACCUAAAGGCAUUCCUCUGCGCUUUAACUACAAAGCAACAACUAACCAGACUGGACUAUCCCUCAAUGAACGUUUCACUGACCUGAGAUUCAGAGGGUGGGGCCGGGGGAGAAGCAGAGGAAGAGGAGGCAUUGCAGGGGGUGGAAGAGGCAGAGGAAGAGGAGAAAUUUUAAGGCAUGGAAGAGGCAGAGGAAGAGGAGAAAUUGUAGGGGGUGGAAGAGGAGGUGAAAGAGGAGAAAUUAUAGGGGGUGGAAGAGGAAGGGGAGAAAUUGUAGGGGGUGGAAGAGGAAGAGGAGGGAUAGGUGUGACAAGACGAGGAAGAGGCUUCACAAGACGUGGAAGGGGAGGAUCAAGAGGAGCUGGUCGAACAGUAACUCUCCAGUGAAAAAAGCCCCCCCACUGAUGCCAGGAGCAACUGUUCACUUGAAUGAAUUAGUCUGAACUAUUAUGAUGUUUUUUUAAAAGACUAUUUUAAAGUUGUUAGACAAUGGGAUAUGGGGGUAUUAUUGCAAUUUACAAACACAAGAGUUUUCACAUUUUAAGUAAACUGUAAAUUACUUGUAUGUUAUAUGAUGAAGAAUACCAUAGUUUUUAGUCAGAAGUAAAAAAUAAAAAAAAAGGAAGAAUAUGUAUUUGAACAAUACCUUGAAGGUAAUAAAGUGCCUCAGUAUUAAUCUUUUUUCACAGUGUAAAUACUGUUUCUUUGUUUAACUGUUUUGCAUUCUGACGCUAGUAGAGUACAUCUCUAAUAAUUUAAAAAAAUAAAUAAUAAUAAACACCAAACAAUGGA